AUGGAACCGUUCGCGUCGGUCGGCCGUACGCAGAGAGUUUCAGAGGAACAAGAUGAGAUAAUGAGAAGUCUUGCUCGACGAGAGAUUAUGUAUAUGAGGGUUCAGAGACGUAAGAUAGGGAUUGAAGACUUUGAGCUUUUGACUGUUGUUGGAAAUGGUGUCUUUGGUGAGAAAAUCACUGCAGUUCCAAAGCUAAAAAAGGAAAGAGCUUUUGGUUUCUUGGACACAUUUGGAUUGGAAACUACUUUGUCUCACCGUCAUGAUUUGAUGGAGGUUAAGGUUAGUGAAGUUGAUAGUGCUGCUUCUGCAAAUAUCUACAACAUCCAAAUAAGAUCAGAUGGUGAGUUCUUUGCUUAUUGGCCUAACUUUAACACCUGA